CAUUACAACAAACACAACACACACGUACAGCAAAAGUAGGAGAGAAAAAAAUGGAGGCCAAGAUGAUGAGGAUCUUCGCAAUGCUGAUGCUCUUCAGCCUCUGCAGCAGAGGCAAUGCGGAGUUUCGGGAGUGCACCCUGUCGGACCUCCACGUGACCCAGACCGCCACGGGGAAGAACGCCGGAGGGAACCCAGAGUACGCCGUGGAGGUGGAGAACAGGUGCAUCUGCACACAGACGGACGUCAAGCUGCUUGCCCCCGGGUUCAAAUCCUCCGAGACCGUGGACCCCAACGUCUUCAGGCCGGACGCCGACGGCAAGCUCGGCACCCUCAACAACGGCUCCCCGGUGUACUACGGCGACAAGAUCAAGUUCAACUACGCGUCGGCCACCAAGUUCAGCCUCGCGCCCUUCUCCUCCAGCGUCGCAUGCUCGUGAUUGGGAGGAUUACUUGGAAUCGGUUGGGCCCGAUCAAUAAGUUUGUGUUGGUUGAUCGAUCAUAUAUACGUUUAUAAAUUAACCCGCACAUGCAUGAAACGUUGCUUUGAGAAUUGAUGGGUUUGUUGAAAUUCGAGGCUGGAUGUAUCUUGCUACCAUUGGA